UUGCUGAUAAGCUCAAUGAGGAGAAAGUUGCCCAAGUUUUAGCUUUGAAAAAUGAUUCAAUCAACCACUUCGAGUCAAUGAUUGAACAGGAAAAGAAGGAGCAAUGGAGGGUUGAAGGCCGCAAUUAUCUCUUUGAUGCCAAGCGGAAUAACGUUGCUAUGCUGCUAGAGACUAACUACCGAGAAAGGCUGCUCACCGUAUACAAUGAAGUGAAGAAGCGGCUAGACUAUCAAAUUGCUGUACAGCAACUGGCACGUCGUAAGGAACAAGAUCACAUGAUCAACUGGAUAGAGAAAAACGUCGUCCAGAGCAUCACUCCUCAACAGGUACUUUAAGCUUCUGAGCUUCUAGCAGUUCACU